AAUUGACUCACAGAUCAGCUUGAAAAAAUACAACAAAACUUUUCAUUUUCUUGAUCCAAAAAUAUUUGUCAUUGGAAUGAUCAGAGUAGUCCAACAAGGCAACCAACCCAGAUUCUGAAACACAACAACAACAUCCUCAGCAGCAAACCAUGUUCGCCAAAAAGUUGUUGAACAAGGCCGUUCAUCAUCACCAUUCUACCCAAAAGUUGUUGCAGCAUGCUAGUUUGCAGCUAAGUGAGUUGGAUCCCAGAAUUGUCAUUCACUAUGGCAUUCCUUCCACUGCUUCAGUUCUCGCCUUUGACCCCAUUCAGCGACUUUUGGCUAUUGGGACAUUGGAUGGAAGACUUAAGGUGAUUGGCGGUGAUAAUAUUGAAGGACUUUUGGUUUCUCCUAAGCAACUGCCUUACAAAUACCUAGAGUUCCUACAAAACCAGGGGCAUUUAGUUGGUAUCUUAAAUGAUAAUGAUGUCCAGGUUUGGAAUCUUGAGAGCCGGAGCCUUAUUUAUUCUUUGCAAUGGGAGUCGAAUAUUACUGCUUUCUCUGUAGUCAGUGGCUCAAAUUAUAUUUAUGUUGGAGAUGAGCAUGGCUCCUUUUCUGUGAUAAAGUUUGAAGCUGAGGAAGGACAACUGCUGAAGUCAUCAAAUAAUUUAUCAGCAACAUUUCUCAGGGAAGCUGCUGGGUUUUCAGAUCCCAGUGAUCAACCAAUUGUUGGAGUUCUUUCACAACCUUCUUCUUCAGGGAACAGAUUGUUGAUUGCAUUUCAGGAUGGGCUGCUCAUUCUGUGGGAUGUUUCUGAAGCUAAAAUUGUUUUUGUUGGUGGCGGAAAGGAUCUCCAAUUGAAGGAUGAGGGUGGUGACUCUACUGAAAUCGAUAGCAAUCUUCCAGCUGAUAUUCUAGAACAAAAUCUGGAAGACAAAGAGGUAAGUGCUCUUUGCUGGGCAUCUUCCACUGGGUCCAUUCUUGCUGUGGGAUACUUAGAUGGAGAUAUCCUUUUCUGGAACUUGUCAUCCGCAACACCUUCUAAAAGUGAACAGAAUUCGUCAUCUAAAAAUGUUGUCAAGCUACAACUUUCCUCUGCAGAAAGAAGGCUCCCCGUCAUUGUCUUACAGUGGUCCAACAGCCAUAAAUCCAAUAGUGAUUGUGCUGGGCAGUUGUUUGUCUAUGGUGGUGAUGAAAUUGGAUCUGAAGAAGUUUUGACUGUUUUAACUCUUGAAUGGUCAUAUGGGAUGGAGUCAGUAAGAUGUAUUAGCCGUGCGGACCUUACGCUCAAUGGAUCUUUUGCAGACUUGAUUCUACUCCCUAGUCUUGGAGCAACGGGGUUGAAUAGCAAAGAUGAUCUUUUUGUACUGACAAGCCCAGGACAACUACAUUUUUAUGAUAAUGGUAGCCUUUCUGAAUUGAGAUCUCAGCAGAAUGGGACGCCAUCUGUGUCUGCUCACGAGAUGCCAGUGCUAAUACCAAUGGCUGAUCCAUCUUUGACUGCUGCAAAACUUGUCAAGUUUCCCAGUGAGUUGAACACAUCAAAAGUUCUAGCUGAGGUUGCCUCAGUUCUGAGAACUGGCUCAACACAUGGAUCAGCUAACUGUUCAAAUUGGCCCUUGACUGGGGGUGUUCCCAGUCACUUGUCUACAGCUAAAGGUGGUGGGAUUGAAAGAGUCUACUUUGUAGGUUAUUCUGAUGGAUCUGUCCUUCUGUGUGACGCCACACAUCCCGUCUUGUCUUAUAUUUGCUACAUAGAGGGAGAGGUGAAUGGUAUAAAAGUGGCUGGUUCGAGUGCACAAGUGACAAAAUUGGAUUUCUGUUCUGUUUCCUUGCUUUUGGCUGUGGGCAAUGAUUGUGGUCUUGUUCGCAUUUACGACCUUAAAAAUGACCACUCUGAUGGGACAAAUUUCCAUUUUAUCACGGAAACAAAAAGUGAAGUCCAUGACUCUCCACUAGGAAAAAGACCUCAUUGUAGUGCUGUUUUUUCUCUUCUUGGUUCUCCAGUACAAGCAUUAUCUUUUGCAAAUUCUGGAACCAAACUUGCUGUUGGAUUUUCAAAUGGUCGUGUGGCAGUCUGUGAUAUGACUUUGUUGUCAGUUUUUUUCUUGAUUGAUGGAGUACCCAGCUCUAGCACUCCUAUUACUUCAAUGGUUUGGAAACAACAAGCAUGUUUUCAAAGUGCUGUGAAUAGUUCAAAGCAAUCAGAAACACCUUCAGGAAACUCUCUUGAGGAGGUACUAUUUGUCUUAUCCCAAGAUGGAAAAAUUAAUGUAGUUGAGGGUGAUACUGGCACAAUGAUCUCUAGUCGGCCAUUACACAUAAAGGAAUCAACUGCAGUUUCAAUGUAUGUUAUAGAGGAUAGCAUCUCAGCCUCUGAAGCAUCAUCAAAUGACAAGCACCGGGAGGAACCCUUGAAGAAUACUGGUGAUGCUAGCCCUGACGAGCCUGUGCUCGAAAAUAACUCAACUGAGGUCAAUUCAUUAGAGGCUGAACUUUCAACUUCAGAAACUAUGCACUCUGGAGAUCUCCUUUUGGAUCCACUUGUUCUGCUAUGCUUUGAAAAUUCAUUGCGCUUGUCGUCUGCAAAAUCAUUAAUACAGGGAAAUAAGAAAGCGAUUCGAAAAGUGAAACAUUCUAAAUCUUGCUAUUGGACUACAAUUUUUAAGAAAGAUGACACAUGUUGUGGGCUUCUAUCAUUGCUGCAUACUGGGACUUUGGAAAUCAGGUCUUUGCCAGAUUUGGAGUUGGUGGCGGAAAGCUCCUUAUUGUCAAUAUUAAGGUGGAACUAUAAAGUGAAUAUGGAUAAAACUAUGUGUUCUGAUGAUAAUGGGCAGAUUGUGCUGGCUAAUGGAUCUGAAUUGGCAUUCAUCUCAUUACUAGCUGGCGAAGACAAAUUUAGGAGUCUGGAACAUUUGCCUUGUCUUCAUGAUAAAGUUCUCGCAGCUGCUGCUGAUGCUGCGUUUAGAUUCUCUUCAAGUCCAAAGAAAAAACAGACCACUGUACCAGCGAUUCUAGGUGGUAUUGUCAAAGGAUUAAAAGGAGGAAAAGCCUCUCCAACAGAUUUGACUAAAAUUUCAACCUCCAAUUUUGGUCAUUUGGAAGACAUUUUCUUUAAGCCCCCUUUGCUAGAUUCCCCUCUAACAGUGGUAGUCGAAGAUAAUAAAGAAAUGGAGCUUGAUAUAGAUGACAUUCAAAUUGAUGAGCCUGUAACUAAGGCUUCUACUUCGUCUCCUGGUGUUAAAAACAAACAGAAGGAUAAGUUACAAGAUAGGGAGAAAUUAUUUCAAGGUGGGACUGAUGAUGAUGUAAAGCCAAAAGUUAGAACAGCUGAAGAAAUUAGAGCUGCUUAUAGAAAAACUGGGGAUGCUUCCUCAGCUGCUUCCCAAGCAAGAAACAAGCUUAUGGAGAGGCAGGAAAAAUUGGAGAGAAUCAGCCAACGCACUGCAGAACUGCAAAACGGAGCUGAAGAUUUUGCAUCAUUAGCAAAUGAGCUUGUCAAAACCAUGGAAAGGAGGAAAUGGUGGCAAAUAUAGACCCAAAAAAAAAAAAGAUUUGCACGAUCAUUGUUGUAUAUUUAUUGUCUUGUAUAUUAUACAUUUGUGGCUGUUGGCUAUUUUUGUCUCUUGUGUUGCCUAGAACUAGCAAAAGGAACCUCAGAAAAAAAAAGAACGGAAAUUACAGAACAUUGGUAUCGUUUGCUAACAUAAAAUGAAGGCCAAAUAGUGAUUAGUGAUUCAUUAUAGUUAAGACACUUGCGUGUAGUAUGAAGCUUCUUUGUUUUUAUAGUUAGAUAACAGUAUCCCUUGAUAUUUUUGUCAAUAUUUAGUGAAUUCCUUAUCUCA